CGGGAUAUUGGUCAGCAGGCAGGGCGAAUCAUUUUGACUGCAAACCACAAGAGUUUCAUAGAGUGGUGAAGGAAAUCAUAUACCAGACUCUUAUAAAAGAGAGAAUAAGUUUUUAAAGAGGAAACCAUGGCUUCAAACAGCAUAUUUGAGUCAUUUCCUUCUUACCAGCAGUGCUUCGUUCGAGAUACCAGCACCAGCCGCCGCUUCACGCCGCCCUCCACCACUCUGAGCCCGGGCAAGAUGAGCGACGCGCUGCCGCUGGUCGGCCAAGAGAACGGCAGCAGCGCCCUGGUGGGGAAGCUGAGAAACGCAGAUCGCAGCAUGGUGGAUGUCUUAGCCGAUCAUCCGGGAGAACUGGUCCGCACCGACAGCCCCAACUUCCUCUGCUCUGUCCUGCCGACCCAUUGGAGGUGCAACAAGACUCUGCCGAUCGCUUUCAAGGUGGUCGCAUUAGGAGAUGUCCCUGAUGGGACUUUGGUCACAGUUAUGGCUGGAAAUGAUGAAAACUACUCUGCAGAACUCAGAAAUGCUACUGCUGCCAUGAAGAAUCAAGUAGCAAGAUUCAACGAUCUAAGAUUUGUCGGUAGAAGUGGAAGAGGGAAGAGCUUCACAUUGACUAUCACAGUCUUCACGAAUCCUCCACAAGUAGCCACGUACCACAGAGCUAUCAAGAUAACAGUGGAUGGGCCUCGAGAACCAAGAAGACAUCGUCAGAAACUAGAUGAGCAGACAAAGACUGGAAGUUUGUCCUUUUCAGAGCGCCUGAGUGAACUGGAACAGUUGCGUCGCACAGCUAUAAGGGUUAGCCCACACCAUCCAGCCCCGGCACCUAACCCAAGAGCUUCCUUGAACCACACAACUGCUUUUAAUCCUCAGCCUCAGAGUCAGAUUCAGGAUACAAGGCAACUUCAGCCAUCUCCUCCCUGGCCUUAUGAUCCAUCUUACCAAUACCUGGGAUCAAUUGCAACUUCUUCUGUUCAUCCAGCCACACCGAUUUCACCUGGAAGGGCUAGUGGAAUGACCUCCCUUUCUGCAGAGCUUUCAAGCCGGCUAACAAGUGCUUCUGACCUAACAGCGUUCAGUGAUCCAAGAGUAGGAAUUGAUCGUCCAUUUUCUGCCAUUCCUUCCAUUUCUGAUCCUCGUAUGCACUAUCCUGGAGCAUUCACCUAUACUCCAACCCCAGUCAGCUCAGGAAUAGGAAUUGGUAUGUCUGCCAUGACCACCGCCACCAGAUAUCACACAUACCUACCACCUCCCUAUCCAGGUUCUUCUCAGGCUCAAGGUAGCCCAUUUCAGACCAGCUCUCCUUCGUAUCAUCUCUACUAUGGAACAUCAGCAGGAUCUUACCAAUUCUCCAUGAUGUCUGGUGGUGAUCGGUCUCCCCCACGUAUUCUGCCUCCUUGCACUAAUGCUUCCACCGGAUCUACUUUACUCAAUCCCAACCUUCCAAACCAAAAUGAUGUUGUGGACACUGAAGGCAGUCAUAGCAACUCCCCCACCAAUAUGGGAACCACAGCAAGAUUAGAAGAAGCAGUGUGGCGACCAUAUUGAAUUAUUAUUACAGGUGUCUAUUCUGGUAAUAUCCAUGCUUUUAUAUGACAAAUGAGAGCACUGCCAUGUUUGUCUUUCACACAGAAUAACAAUCAGUUCUGAAGUCAGUAUUUCUGGAAGUAUUGCUAUGAUGUUCUCUGAUUGAUUUUGCUCAGUGAAGUGAUUACAUUCCCAUAGACUUCUUCCAAGUCUGAACUUCAGAAAAUAAUAUUUUAAGAUUGUAGUUUUGUUCACUCAUGUUGACUAUAAAUAUGGAAAAGGAUAGAUACUCAAUAUGUGUCCAGAGUUUCAGACUUUGAAAUUUAAAGUAUUUUGUUUGACAUCUGGUGCUGAGGCAUUUAGUCUUAUACAAUCUUAAAUAAUUUAAUCAAUCAUUUUGACCUGUAAGUUAAAAGGAAGUAUACAACAAUUCUCAGAGAGAAACUGUGAAUGCUUCUAAUUUAGCAAUGCUGUGAAUAAGAGUUUUUAUAUCCUGGAAAUAAUUUUUUAAUCAAGUUGUAUAUCCCAAAGAAUACAGGAAUUGUUUUUAUUUUUAUUAUGUUUUUCAGCUGCAACUCAUCCUUUUUUGUGUAUCAUCUUCCUUUAUUGGCACCUUAAAAUCUGCAGAAAGAUUUAAUCCUUUUUUUUAUAUAAUGUGCUCGCUUUUCUUGUACUUUGUCAGCUAAGUGCAUCUACAAAAGCCUCUUUUCUAGAAAAGUAAUUUAAUUUUUUUAAUAUAAAGGAGUGACAACCUACAGUCCUUCUCAACUACUGAAAAAGUACAUGAUGAGUUGCUCAAUAUUUAUGCUCUGCAUUGAACUUUUGUGUGUGAUGCUUUUAUUUAAAUAAUGCUUUGAAAAUAAGCACAUACAUUUUGUAGCAACCAAAGUUUAAAAUUAUUACAUAUAAAAUGGCUGGAAUAAUUACGGAUAAUGUGACUUUUAAUUAUUUACAAAUAUUGUUUACAUUUAGCUCCAUUUCAUUCUCAUCAAUAAUUUAAACAAAGUCACUUUUGUCCAAUUGAGAAGCCAGGUUUCUUUGAAAAUGUUAUGAUGAUAUAAUGUCUUUGAAUAAGAAGUUUAGGUUCACAUUUGGAUGCUGACUUGGGCACUGGAAGCAAAGCUUUGUCUCAGAGUAUAUAUUUUGGAAUUUCUAGUACAGCAUGAUAUUUAUAUUCCAUCAACUUUCUUAAAGACAAUAUAAGUGAAAAAAAAUCAGACAACACAACUAAAUAUUAGCAUUCUAAAUGACUAUUAAAUUCCACAUUAUGGUCAAAAUACAAUACAUCCCAGUUUUCUCCCUUGCCCUAGUAGGAGAUUCAAAAAUUCAUUUAAGGCUGUAUGCUAAUCACAGUUUUGAAGACCCAAGUUCAUUGCAGUCAAUAGUGGCUGCUGCCGGUUCAGACCGGUUUGGGCAAACCGAUGGUUGCAAUCUGCAGGUGGGCCGGCCCACCCGCCCAGGCGCAAUCCCAUCCUAUAUCGCUGUGGUUUUGACACUGCACGCAUUUGCGGAUGGUGCACACAAGCGAAUUGCUGUGUUUUUUGACCUUGCAUGCAUGUGUGGAUGGCGCGCGUGAGCAAAUUGGCGUGUUUUGUGACACCGCACUUAUACGCAUAUGGCACGCACACUCACAUUUCGGGUGCUGGGUAAACCAGUUGUUUUAGUAUGUGAUGCCCACCUCUGAUUGCGGUCCCUCCCCCCAUAUGACACACAAUUCAAAGGAUUUUCUAGCAAUCUUACAUAAUUGAAGUUCAAACAAAUAAUAACUUAAGUGUGGGAUUCUUCAUUCCAGGCAGAUAUUCACUCAUUCAUCCUCAGCUACUUUGCACCCGUAUAAAAGAGAGGUGUGGGCAGCAUUUUUUUUUUUAAUUUGAUUUA